AUGGGACUCUCAGCUUCUAAGCGAGUAACUCGUUCACUCCAAAACUCGUCCGAGUUCAACUCGGCAUGUGACUCAGUAUACGACGAUUGUCUCUCCCUAUCACAGCACGCCUUCCCCGGAGUCAAACCCUACCAGCUCUUCUCCGCCGCCGAACGCCUCCACGUUUCUCUCUAUCCCUCCGUCCCUCUCAUAACCAACUGGGUCAAAUCGCCUCCGACCCGAUUACAAGUAGAUAAAGCCUUUAAAGUCGUAUCCACGCGCCUGUCCGGCGAGGAGAAAGAGAGCGAAAUUGUGCUUGGGAAUACUGAAUUUAAGGAGUUCGCGGUGGAGGUAUUUGCAGACGCUGCCGUUUCCGGGGCUGGGAAAGAGCUGUUGAAGCGGGUCCCGGUAGGUGCUAUUGGAAUUGUUGGUGUGGGUGUGGUGGUGAAGCCCGGGAAAGAAUUGGUUGCGGCGGCAAUUGGUGCUUACGCGCUUGGUGUUGCCACUUCGGUAUACGUCAGCUUGGCUGGAUAA